AUGGAAAAAAUGAAGCCUGCUUUGAAUAUGCUUGCAGCUGAUAAUGAAACUCUCUAUGAAAAGUAUCUGAACAAAGAUGAACAUAUAGAUAUUAAUUUAGAUAGUUACUGGACAAUUUUAGAUGAAACUUCACAGAUUUUAUUAUUGCUUAACCCAAGAACAAAAUUAACAGUAUUUAAAAACUUGGAUAAGAAAAUCAAAGCAAUUGACUUAGUUUCAAACCUUAUUGGAUAUUCUUCUUUAAUGCCAAAACCAACUACAACAUUUUCUGAUGAUCUAUCAAAUACACAAAAUUAUUUUUGUCAGUUAUGCUUAAUUGGUUUUCAAGAAAAAAGUAAUUUAGACUCUUCAUUGCUAAAAAUAAAUUGCAUACAAGAUGAAGUAAAAGAUACUUAG